UCUCAUAAGCAGAGCUUUCGUCGUCGUCGUCGUCACUUGCGUCUCUUCGAUGGGAAGACUAAAGGAGUCAAGUCCCGUGAUUCCCCUCCUCCUCCUACUCUUUCCUCUUCUUCUUCACCAUUCACUCACGAAGGUCUUGGGAGAAUCUGAAUCUACCAGAGAAGGCAAUGCUCAAGAGAUACACUGUUCUCGAGAAAGAAGCCGAGCAGCUUGGCAGAUUAUACAAGACUACUUGACGCCGUUUGUUGAAAGGGAAAGAUACCAGAUCCCAAACAAGUGCAGGCUCCAUCCCGACAACGAUCUCUACAGAGACCAAGAACAGCACAAGGUCCACGUGGAUGUAUACGAGUGGAAAUGCGGUUACUGCAGGAAGAGUUUCAACGAGGAGAAGUUUCUUGACCAGCACUUCGCCACUAGGCACUAUAACCUUCUGAAUACGACUGGUACAAAGUGUUUGGCGGAUCUGUGUGGUGCUUUGCAUUGUGAUUUUGUGUUGAUGAGUUCCAAGAAGGGGAAGAUCAAGUGUAACCCUGCGGCUGCUGCUAAAAACCGUCAUCUCUGCGAGAGUCUUGCUAAUACUUGUUUCCCAGUGAGUCAAGGUCCUGCUGCUAGUCGUCUUCAUGAACACUUCUUAAGACAGUUCUGUGAUGCUCAUACCUGUACUGGAAAAAACAAACCGUUUCCUAGAGGAGGCAAGAAGAAAUCGGGUGUCUUCUACCUCGCUGUUUCAAUACUAACCUUGAUGCUUCUCCCACUCUUUUAUCUGCUGGUCUUCUUACACCAAAGAGAAAAGAGAACGGGGACACAAGUGUUGCGUCGGAUUGUUAAAACUGGGAAGAAAACAAAGCCGUCGUAAGAUGGUAAUCUUCUCAAACAUUGGCUUAUUGCACAUGCGCAAAGGAGAGUGUCACUUUUGGUGGUUAUGAAGCUCAGUUACUAUGGAUAUCAGCUGGGUUUCCAAAGAUGAAUAUGAUACUUAUGUAAGCUUUGUAGAAACAGAUGAUUCAUCAUUUCACAGGAAUAGGAAUAGUGAUUUCUCUAUGAAUCGUCAUACAUAUCAAUGAUAACAUCAAGUUUGGAAUGGAACACAAAACAAGCUUUAUAAGUAAGCAGACAUGGAUUUCAUCCAA